AGGCCUUAUGCAAACUUAUGGAACAUCGUCGUUGCGAAGUUAAAGCCUUUAGAAAAGAAACGUGGACACACUUGAUAGACAUGCUAAAUCUCCGAGAUGAAAUUACCAACUUUGAUGAAAUGUACGAAAAGGAACAGGCAGAUGACGACAGAAGUAGAAAAAAAGAAGAUGAACUUUUAAACCAAGAUCUUGAGCACAUAUUUUGCCAUCACGUAUAUGACUGCAUGUUUUACAUGGGCUUGAAAGACGUCCAUUCUUCAUCUCAGGAGACCUCUGACAUCUCACAUCUGGUUUAUCGUGUAAAUAGAGACCAGGCUGAGAAGAUGCAAUACAAAGAGCAUUUUGGAAAAAAUCUGACGGAAAAUCUUGAAAAGACAUACGACGGAAAGAGCAUGCUUGUUAAAAUCUACACAAGUAGAUCUCCAAGUCCUGCGGACAAAAACAAGUUGCUCAAGUUUCUUAAAGAAAAGAGGCUAGCUGAGGCAACUAUAUAUAUAGCGAAUAUAUAUGGAAUCCGGCGAAACUCCUACAAAACAGAACCACACUACGAGGAUGUCUCAGAAGAAACGAGUACCAAAAACUCUGAUGGUCUUAGAGAACUUAUGGACCAUAGACGCU